UCCCCACCGCACAACCACCUCCCGUCCUAGAUCCAUGGCCGCUGCGCCACCCCGUCCAACUACCAACCGCGCCGCCGCGUCCCUCCCACUCUCCACCAUGGUCGGAUCCCCUCCAAAUCCUCCCCUUCCAAAGAAAACCACAGCCACCCCCAGAUCCCCGCCGCGACUCCCCUUCUGCUGCUUCCACCUUCUCCUUCCGGCCACCCCUGCCGCCGCACCGGCCACUCCCUAGCGCUGCCGCCUCUUACCCUCACGCCGCCCUGCCUCCUACCCUCGCGCCGCCGCCUUCCCGCGCGCCGUCGCCGCUGAGAUCUGCUCCAGCCUGAUCACUGCUAGAUGGCCUCGCCAUCACAUGAUGCAGGGAGCUCGGGUCGCCGAUGGUCUUCCUCUACUGGAUCCCUUCCGACAAGUUCCCCUGCCUCCCCUCCCCUCCCCUCCGACGAGCUCUCCUGCAUCCCCUCCCCUCAUGUGAGCUGCCCUGAACGCGGUCGAGGCUCCCGAUGCAGUUUGAUUGGUGGUGUGGUGUGGUGUGUGCGGCUUGCAGCUUGGAGGGAGCGGGCAUGUAGUUCGUUUACCCAUCUGCAGUGUGGUUUGCCUGGUUCGACCACCACGAGCUGCUCUUCACCAGCAAAAGACUCCGACCAGCAAAAAAUUCUUCAUCGUCCAGCAUGGGAUGCCUGCAGUGCAUUUGCCAACUUUUUGCAGGAGAGGAAAAACAUCAAGAAAGAGAAACAAAAAAGUGUAUUGUGCUCCUGGGCGAUUAGUGUGGUGCUGCUGAUGCAGUUUGACAGCUCACAAAAGCAGUCCACAACGCCAGCAUCAUGUUUGAGAGAGGUUCUUUUUUGUUGCAAAUUUUGGAUGAGCAUCUUCCGUGCAGUUCCAACGCAGAUGAGGUUCCGGCGUGGUCCACUGAUUUUUUGCUUGCAGUAUAGUGUGGUGAAAUUAUACUCGUCCUCCCCCUUCAUCCUCACCACUUACUCCGAUGCUUGCAGUGUGGUGUGGAUUUUUUGUAUAAAGAUUAUAGGGACCCAUUUGAUUGCAGCGAAACAUGGUGAUGUUCAGGCAAGAACAUGCAGUUUCAACCAUGUGGACAUGCAGGGAAAAAUGGUGUUUUCCGUGUUUGAUAAUUUUAUGUAUAAAAUUUAUAUGGACUCUUUGAAAAUUGUUUACCAAAGAAGUUCAUUUUGAA